AUGUCGCCACCAACAGCAGACUGGAUUCAGCUCCAUGACAGGUUCUACAGGAAGCAAGAGAUCUACACCAUGCUUUGGAAACAGGUAGACCUGUCCAAAUACAUGCUUGCCGCUGCACCCUUUGGAGGCCCACUCGCCCUCGUACGCGACGACCGCAAGGUGCUCUUACUACAGAAGCAGCAACCUAUCAAGCCCAGUAUCUACCUUUACACAUCCUCAGGAAAACUCAUGGAAACAAUUCAGUGGGAAAAGGGACAUAUCGUUGGAAUGGGAUGGACAGAGACCGAGCAGCUACUCUGUGUUUUGGAGGACGGCACAGUUCGCAUGUACAACAUUCUGGGAGAAUACACACAGUUCUCGCUCGGCAAGGACGCAAAGGAUAACAGAGUCAUUGACGUACAAUUCUGGGGAACAGGGCUCGUUGCAUUGACAGGAAGUUUCCAGCUGAUUGCCAUCACCAACUUCGACGAACCACGACCACUUUUCUUGGCAGACCCCGGCAUCAAUGAACCACCGCACAGCUGGACAGUCAUUCCCCCAAAGUUUACCCUCAGCAGACACGUCGAAGUCCUGAUCGCUCACAACUCGACCAUUCUUGUCGUCGAUGCCACCGAAGCCAGAGACGAGCGCUUACAACAAGGACCUUUCUCAAAGAUGUCUAUUUCGCCUGACGGGAAGUACCUUGCCCUUUUCACAGCGGACGGCAAGCUGUGGGUCGUCUCUACCGAUUUCCAGAAGAACCUCUCAGAGUUUGCAACACGGUCACAAGUACCUCCACAGCAAUUAGUGUGGUGCGGAACGGACUCGGUUGUGCUGUACUGGGACAAGAUUGUUCUCAUGGUCGGACCCUACGGAGACUGGAUAAAAUACACGUACGACGACGCCAUUUUUUUGAUUCCUGAGAUCGACGGUGUUCGCGUCAUCAGCAUGGACAAGUGCGAGUUCCUCCAAAAGGUUCCCGAUGCAACGGAGAAUAUUUUCAAGAUUGGAUCAACAGCACCCGCGGCCAUGCUCUACGAUGCCUUGGACCACUUUGAGAAAAAGAGCCCAAAGGCGGACGAAAAUAUUCGCAGUAUCCGUCUGGAACUCGCGGACGCGGUCGAAGCAUGCAUUGAGGCAGCAGGACACGAAAUCUCUCACCAAUACCAACGCUCACUCUUGAAGGCUGCCUCGUUCGGAAAGAGCUUUUUGGAUAUCCACAACGCUGACUCCUUUGUUGAGAUGUGCAAGGUCCUCCGAGUAUUGAACGCUGUCCGUUACUACGAGAUCGGUAUUCCGAUGACAUAUACCCAGAUCUGCGAAUACCUGAAGAUGCGCACGGAUCGGAUUUUGAUUCAUUGGGCAUGCUCCAAGAUCAAGAAGUCGAACGACGACGAAGACACGAUUUGCAGGAUGGUUGUGGAGAAGCUCGCCAAUAAGCCUGGAUUGUCAUACUCGGAGAUUGCGAUGACAGCUCACAAAGCCGGCCAGUCCAAGUUGGCCACCAUGUUGUUGGACUACGAGCCAAGAGCUGGUGACCAGGUGCCGCUGUUGAUGAGCAUGCAGGAGGAUGAGCUUGCGCUGGUCAAAGCUAUCGAGAGUGGAGACACCGACCUCGUGUAUCAUGUCAUUUUGCAUUUGAAGCGCAAGUUGCAAUUGGGAGAGUUCUUCAGGAUCAUCAACAACAAGCCGCUUGCGUGCAAUCUGUUGGAGUCGUACUGCAAGCAACAGGAUCCCGAGCUGCUCAAGGACUUCUAUUACCAGGAUGAUCGCACCGUCGACCGUGCCAACCUAACGCUGAUGGAGAGCUUCCGGCAAAAGGACAGCACUGAGCGAAUCAACACGAUCAAGGGUGCCCUCCGAAUCUACCAAGAGGACAAAGAGCACACCUUUGAAGUCAAGGCGAUUGAAGAUAGUAUCAAGUUGUUGCAGACACAGGUGCAGUUGGAGAAGGACUACUCUCAACCGUUCUCGGGUCUCUCCAUCAGCAGUACGGUCUACAAACUGAUCACCAUUAACCAGAGCAACCGGGCAACCAAGGUCCGAGGCGACUUCAAAAUGCCCGACAAACGGUUCUGGUGGAUCAAAUUGCGAGCCCUUGUUGAGAUUCGUGACUGGGAUGGUGUUGCGACGCUGGCGAAAUCCAAGAAAUCGCCGAUUGGAUACGAACCCUUUGUGGAGGAGUGUGUCAAGGCCAUGCAGUUCAGGGAGGCGGCCAAGUAUAUCUUGAAGUGUGAUGCGCACCUCCGGGCGGGACUGUUCUUGAAGAUUGAGGCUUAUCAGGAGGCUGGUGAGCAGGCUUUCCUCCAGAAGGAUCUCGACACACUUCGUGAGAUUCGGGACAAAUGUCCGAACGCCGUUAUCCAAGGACAGAUCGACGGCUACAUAACCCAGCUGGCCUCCUCGCGAUAA